AUGGCCGAAAAUGCCUAUUCAUCAUCCACCACUACCAACACAGCGCCUCGCGAGACCAAGAAGCGCGCUCAUUACCGAGAUGAUACCGACAAGAAUAUACGUUCUAGAAAAUAUGAGCAAGAUAAUGAAAUCGAAAAAGAAGCAGAAGAAUUACUCUUCUACCCUGCAUUCUGCUUCCCCGCAUCCCCGACACAUUUCACAUGGGUCAAGAUGAGUAUUGCAGAUAUCCAUCAUCUACAAUCUCGAAAAGGCUUUGAAGGCCAGAAUAUAUACUUCUACAAAAACCACCCGAUCCAAUUCGUCUGUGUAGCCGGCUACAUCGUCUCCCGACAAGAAUAUGAGCGUCGCACCCUACUCACGAUAGACGAUAGCAGCGGCACAAUACUCGAAGUCGUAUGUCUCAAAGCGCCUGUCAAGAAUUCCGCGCCCACAGAAACACCUACAACAACCGAAACGACAAACGUAACAUCCACAACCCGAACCCCCAUCGACAUUUCAACCCUCCAAAUCGGCACCGCCGUAAAACUCAAAGGCACAUUAUCCCAAAAGUUCUUCAAUCAAUCCGAUAAUCCAAUCAUGCAGCUAAUCCUAGAACGUUUCUGGCUGCUCGCCAAUACAACAGCCGAAGUAAAAUUCUGGUCCGAGCGAUCACGAUACUUAAUCGACGUCCUCUCUCAACCAUGGCAUUUGACUCGAGAUCAAAUCGAAUCGUUGCGUCAGCAAGCUUUAUCCCAAGAACGGAAGGUAAUUCGCGACCGACGCCACAAGCAGGAGAGACAGAAACGUCAUGACGAAAAAGAGGAGAAGUAUCGCAGACGAAUAUUGAAAAAGUGGGAGGUUGAAGAGAGACUCAGGGCGGAUGAAGAUGAGAGGGUGAGGGUUGAUAAUAGGAGAUUGGAGAGGUGGUUGGCUUUGAAGAGGGAGGGAAAGUAG